CCCAGUGCGCUCUGUGCUGCGCACGCGCAGUCCAUUGUUUUGACUAAAAAUGCCGUCGGUUUCGAAAGCUGCGACGAGCGCUUCUCCUCAGACGGAGAAACCGUCUCAUUACACAUAUUUGAAGGAGUUCCGGACAGAGCAAUGUCCACUCUUCUUGCAGCACAAGUGCGCCCAGCACAGGCCCUUCACCUGCUUCCACUGGCAUUUCCUCAAUCAGCGGCGGAGGAGGCCCAUCAGGCGGCGGGACGGCACCUUCAACUACAGCCCGGACGUCUAUUGCACCAAAUACGACGAGACUACCGGAAUCUGCCCGGACGGAGACGAGUGA